ACAAAAAGAGAUGGAAAUCAAAAGGAAAGCACCGAUCCACAAGAUUGACCUAUGGGAUGAAGCUCAUAAGAAAAAAGAUGGCAAUUACACAAGCGACAAUGUGAAGACAAUAAUGUUUGAAGUACGCAUGGUGAAAGAUAAUGUAGAAGAUGUCAAAGAUGAUGUAGAGGACGUCAAAGGUGAUGUAAAGGAAGUCAAAGGUGAUGUAGGGGAUGUCAGAGGUCAGAUGGCUAUGAUUGCUGCAUUCCUUGCCAAAAAGUUUCCUGGAGAGAUUUGCAGAAAUGAAGUGGAUUCUCCUACAGGAAAUUAUCAAGUUAGCAUAUCAAAAGCAGUUAUAUUUGUGCAAAGAUGAAAUUAAUGAACACUGAUAUGCUAUUACAAUAAUUUUAUUGCAGGUCACUCCACAUGACAGAGAUAACAAUCUCCAAUCUGAAUCUUAUAAUGUUCUUGAACAAUCAAAUAAUGAUGUGCAGGAGCCACAAACUACCAUGCAGGUAAUGUAAUGGGCUUUUUAUGUACUAUUUAAUGCAGAUCCAUUCUAAUGUCUUAGAACUAUUGCUUUAAUAGGAGUUGCAGCAAACGAAAUCAAAAGAGGGUUGUGGCAAUGCGCAUUUACCACAUGAACAUGUGAUCACUAAGGUGUGUUAACUAACUUGUACUCAAUUAUCAAUUAUCUCCUGCCAGUAAUUUUGGGAUUGGUUGAACCCUUUUAGUAGUUAAAUAUUGGAAAGCUAUCUUAUCAUCAAGUUAAAACUUUGUGAAAUAUUAACCUUUUGGUUUGCAACUGUAACCUGUUUGGGUUCGUAUAUACCUUCCUAGUAAUCUUAACCUACGUGCAAGGACUUAUCUAGAUUUUUAU